UGGGUGAGGAAUUGAAUGGCAGGGGCCAGUCGGCUUGUUUUUGCGGCGAAAUGCGCCUUUUGUAGAUCACUUUAAUAAAUAAUGAAUUCGCGCCAGUUACUUUACGUUUUUUUUCAGCAGUCAUAAACCAUUCGACCUGGAAUCCCUCAAAUAGCCUCCACGAUGAAGGCAGCGGAUGAGCCUGCCUAUUUGACAGUGGGGACGGACGUGAGCGCUAAGUACCGGGGUGCCUUCUGUGAGGCAAAAAUCAAGAAUGUGAAGAGGAUGGUCAAAGUGAAGGUGGUGCUUAAGGGAGACAGCACCUCGCACAUCGUCCAGGACGAUCAGGUUAAAGGACCCCUCAGGGUCGGCUCCACGGUGGAGGUGAAGAACCCAGAAGGUGGGCUUAGUGAGGGGGUCAUUAGCAAGCUCACGGACGCCAGCUGGUACACUGUGGUGUUCGAUGAUGGCGACGAGAAGACGCUGCGGCGGACGUCGCUGUGCCUGAAGGGCGAGAGGCAUUUUGCUGAGAGCGAGACUUUGGACCAGCUCCCCCUCACCAACCCAGAGCACUUUGGCACUCCUGUUAUUGGGAAGAAGACAAACCGUGGGAGGAGGUCCUCGCUGCCCAUCGCCGAGGAUGAGAGGGAGUCUUCAUCCAGCGAAGAGGAGGAUGAGGACAGGCGGCGGCUAAACGACGACCUGCUGGGGAAGGUGGCCUGCGUGCAGGCGGGUGCGGAGCGGGCCAUGUGGUACCUCGGCCUGGUGAUAUCACCCAGCUGCAAUGAUGACCUGACAGUCAGAAAGGACCAAUGUUUGGUGCGCUCCUUUGCAGACUCUAAAUUCUACACAGUAGCAAGAAAAGAAAUCCGCGUACUGACCACAGACAACAUCUCCAAGUUGGAGUUCUCUAGCAAAAAAGGAUUUGACGAAGCUGCGCUUUUCCUGAAAGCCAAGACCAUACCUGCGAGCUGGAAGAUGGACAUGAGUGAGAUUUUGGAGUCGUCCAGUAGCGACGACGAGGAUGGGGAGGAAAAGGACAGUGACGAAGAUGAAAAAGUGGAGGAAGAAGAGCCGGAAGAGGAACCAGACCCUGAGGAGCGGGACCACUUCCUGCAGCAGCUUUACAAGUUCAUGGAGGACAGAGGGACACCAAUUAACAAGCCCCCCGUUCUGGGUUACAAGGAUCUGAACCUUUUCAAGCUCUUCAGGCUGGUUUACCACCAAGGCGGCUGUGACAGCAUCGAAAGUGGUGCUGUGUGGAAGCAGAUCUACAUGGACCUCGGGAUCCCUGUCCUCAACUCCGCUGCCUCUUACAAUGUGAAGACGGCUUACAGGAAGUACCUGUAUGGCUUUGAGGAGUACUGCCGCUCUGCCUGCAUCCAGUUCCGGACUAUCCACCACAACGACCCCCGCCCCCCUGCCCCGGUGGAGAACAAGGUGGAGACCAUGGUGGAGACCAAGGUGGAGACCAUGAUGGAGAACAAGGUGGAGACCAUGAUGGAGAACAAGGUGGAGACCAUGGUGGAGAACAAGGUGGAGACCAUGGGGGAGACCAUGGGGGAGACCAUGGGGGAGACCAUGGGGGAGAACAAGGUGGAGAACAAGGUGGAGACCAUGGUGGAGAACAAGGUGGAGAACAAGGUGGAGACCAUGGUGGAGAACAAGGUGGAGACCAUGGUGGAGCCGGGUGAUAGCGACGGGGUGCCAGGGGUGGGGAAUGUGCCGGAGAGGGAUGCCGAGCCGGAGCCAAGGGAGGAGAAGCCCCUGCUGGUUGAGGAGUCGUCGGGCAGUGAGAGCGACAAGGAAGAAGCCAAGGAGGGACGCUCCCACCGGGGGAGGCGAAAGACUGCCUCGGUGACCCCAGUCAAGCCAGAGGACAAGGAGCCCGUCGAAGAGGAGAAGGUUGAGGAAGACGAGGAGCAGCCCGAAGAGCUGGGGGACUUUGGGGAGCCGCCGGACGGGGCAGCCGACGACACCCCUUCCAGGGGGGCGAAGCCCGAGAGGCGGAGCCGGCGGCUGGAGGAGUCAGACAAGGAGUCGGACGAGGAGGAGCAGGAGGACGAGGAUGAUGAUGCUGAUCGGCUGCGUCCCAGGGAGAGGGACGAGAGGGAGGUCGAUGAAGAUGGUGAUGAAGAUCCGGAGCACUCGCUCACCGGGACCAAGGUCAGGGUCAAAUACGGCCGGGGCAAGACGCAGAAGAUCUAUGAGGCCAACAUCAAGAACACGGAGAUGGACGACGGGGAGGUGCUGUACCUGGUGCAUUACUACGGCUGGAAUGUCAGGUAUGAUGAGUGGGUCAAAGCUGACCGCAUAAUCUGGCCUGUGGACAAAGCAGGGAACAAAAGGAGGCAGAAGAGGAAGGUGAAGAGCAAGGAGGACGCAGAAAAGGGGGAGGAGGAGAGGCUACCCAAACCGGGGGCCAAGCGAGGGCGCCCUCCACUCCGGUCCACACCCCCCAGCGUGCCGCGCAGUGCUGGCAGCGGCAUCACCAAAGCCCCCGGCAGCGAUGGCCGCCCCUGUGGGAAAGCCCCCCGCCAGGACGGCAUCCCCAAUGGCGAAGGAACCCCGCGCCGAAGGACUCGCCGAACAUCUGGCAUGUACGACUCCGACAGAGGAUCUAUUGAGGAGUCGGGGAACUCGUCAGAUGACACAGACUCUGAGAGCUCCCCCGAGAAGAAGCUCACACGGCAGGGGAGCACUGACCCGCCCAUGACCCCCCAGGACGACCAAUACGAGGAUCCCAAAGCACAGCCAUGCCUACCCAUUGACUUCCUGCCUGAGCCGGAGCUCUCCGACGGCCCUCAGGGGCCCCAGAUAGAGAGGACCAGCCUCCAGGAAGAGGCCCCUGUUACCAAGGAGCCAGAGGAGCAGGAAGACGAGGUGUCCUCACUCCCAGAUCUGGAGAAAGCCUUAGAAUCGCAGGAAGAGGAACGGUUUCCACACACCAAGGGCAGGAGGGGACGCUGUAAGGAGCAGGAGAAGGAAGUGUCCCCUGUGAAGCAGGCCAUCUGUACCAGCCACCCAGAGGGUGAGGCUGUGGCCCUGCUGAGCCUGAGUAAGGCUGAGGUGGCCCCCGAGGGCCCACACUGCCCACGGCCCUUACCCCUCCCCCCGCUGGGGCCCACUGACUCGGACACAGACUCGGCCACCGAGGAGAUCUGCACUGAGGACCGGAGGCCCAUCAAGCGCAAAUCCCCCGAGCAGCGGACGCCUGAGAAGAAGGUGCGGGUGGAGAGGAGGGAGGAGGUCGAGCCAGACAGGAGGCUGGAGACGCCGCCAAGGGCCGAGGAACGCCUGGCAGCGGCAGCCGGCGGGGAGCUGGAGGUCCGGCCCGGGAUGCCCACCCUCAGCAUGGAGGCAGGGCGGGAGGAGCUGUUGCGGCCAUGCCCAUUGGCCGAGGCGGUUCUGGGCGUCCAGUCUGAACUCAUAUCUCAGAUAGGCCCCGAGUCCCUGGUUUGCCAUGAGGUGGACCUGGAUGACCCCGACGAGCGGGAGAAGCCUUCCGGAGAGGAGCUGCUGCUGGCGGUGCGGGUCGAGGAGAAGCCCCGGGCCCCCACUGCCGCCAUGCUCCAUGCCCUCCCGGGGACCUCGGCACCACCCCCCCUGGCCCCGUCCCCCAGCACCACGCCUAGCCCCAGCGAGUCACACAGCACUAAGAGUGAGAGCGACGUCACCAUUGAGGUGGAGAGCGUGGCGGGCGAGUCGCAGGAGGGCCUGUGUGAGAGCGAGGCAGCCAACGGCUUCGAGGGCUCAGGCAGCUCCAGCGCGUCGCUGCAAGACCGGGGCCAUAAGAGGUCCUUGGAUGGAAGCGGCAGCUCGUCAGCAAAGAAGCAGAAGCGUGGCCAGAAGCGCUCAAGCGGUGCAGGGGCCGCUGGCAAGGGAGAGAAGAAUGGUGCUGGGCACAGCAGCGACAGUGAGGACCUCCCUGUCACAGACACGUCCGGCAAGCUGACUCCCGUUAAGGCCCCCGGUGUGCACAGGGCCCCGAAGCUGCCCCGCUCCCCGGGGACUGUGACCCCUGGUGCCCCCAAUGGCAAAGAAGGGGAGAAGGACAAGCAGAGGGACAAGUCGGCUUUCUCCUCUGCGCGCACAUACAAGUGGACGUUCCAGCUCGCCGAACUGGACAACAUGACGAGUACAGAGCGCAUCACCUUCCUGCAGGACAAGCUGCAGGAAAUCAGGAAGUACUACAUGUCGCUGAAAUCUGAAGUGGCUUCCAUUGACAGGAGGAGGAAGAGGUUAAAGAAGAAGGAGAGAGAAGUGUCCCACACGACGGCCUCCACGUCCUCGGGCUCCUCCGACACGGGCAUGAGCCCAUCCUCCACCUCGCCCAGCCAGACCACGGUAGCGGUGGAGUGCAGGUGAUGGCCCCCCCUCUGCUGCCUUCUCGGAGACGCGCACUGAGACUGACGAGUCAGAGCGAGCAGCCAAAAGCACUCGACCGUCCCCCUCCCGGCCCUGCCCGUGUGACCACUCCCACUUCCUGCACUUUGUGACCCGGCCCCGCCUCUUCCCCCAGCACCCAAUCACGUCAGGAAAUGGAUUCUGUGAAUUGAAUGUAAGAAUGAGUCGGAGAUCGGUUCUCAAGCCCUCCUUUCUGAGCGUCAUCCUUUUACAGUUCAAGGCACUUUUCUCCCCUCUCCUCCCCGACGAAAGCAUACGCAAACCUCUCCCGCCGGUUCCGGCCAUGGGGCCGCUCUGGAUGCAGUAUCGUUCGAGUUCUGUUGCUCAGAAUGAGGCGAGUAGCCAGGCAACGUAAUAUGGAUGUGUCCUUCUAUUCGGUAAUGGUCACUGUUAACCAGCUGGUCAUGGUUUGUAAAAAAAAAAGGUCAAUUCUGCUCGUUUGCUCAAUCAGAACUGCCAAAGUACAUGUGUUACAGCAGAGUGCCCUAUUUUGAAAAAGUGGGACAAAUUCAGUUGCGAAGGGGAGUGUAGUUCACUGAAAACUGCAGCUCUGUCGUCUUCCUCUGGUCUUAUUUGAGCACAGAUAAUUAUGCAAAACUUGUUUGGGUUCCCCCAUUGCCCCCGUGCCCCCCCUUGUCUUUUAAAAAGAAAACAAAUGUUUACAGUGGAAUAGAGGCAAAAAUGUUUUCAGUGGACUAACUUCCUCCGCAAGUGUAUUUUGUCGUUUUAUAUGUAAUUGCAGAGUUUUUAUUUUAUUAUGGGAAAUUUAAAAAAAGUAUAUAUCACAGCCAUGAAGUUAUUUAAUGAAAGAUUUCUAGAGCUGAAAUUUUGUGUAAAAUAAAGGUAUUAUCUUGCAACUUGUUAAAUAUAUUUAUUCACAGUGAACAUAACAUUUUUAUGUAUUUUUUACAAGAAUAAAUCAAUUGGAAGCUUCCACAUUUGGUUAGGAUGGUGGGGAAAAUGAGAUGAGAAUGUCGUAAGCUAACUGAAAGGCAAACUCUGACAACUUGUACAUUGACUUUUUCCCCAACCUUUGGGCCCAAAUUUAUUUUUUUUCUUUUAAGACACCAGAAGUCGGUGGCUUUUACUUUUCUCGGCUUGUAUUCAGAUUGCCUGGUACUAUUUGUUUUAAUUUAAGUGUAUAUUAUUAUUUGCAUUCUGACCAUUUGAAUAAUAAUAAAAAGUAUUGCUAAGAGAACGUCUGUCCUGCCCAGGGGUCUCUCUCUUUUGUAUAUAGAUCUUCCUAAACCAUGUAUUUGAAAAUACAUUUUACACAACCUGUAAAAAAAAAUAUUUUAUGUUUUUUUUUUUUUUUUUAAUCCAUCUUUGUAUUUUUUUUUCUCCCCUGAUGUUAAGUCAGUAGACUUUAGUGCACCAUCUGUAGACUGUAUAUGAUGAACUUGGCUUCCAGUGACUGCUGGAGCCAGACUGUAGUGUGGAGUAGGACUUCAGUACAUUGUACAUUUCUGCUUUAUAAACAUUUUAUUUCAUCAACAUUGUCAAGACUUACUUUUAAAGUUUAUCUACAGAUUCCUGGAUGAAGGAAAAACGGUAUUAGAUUUCCUAAAGCAAAGCCAUUGUAUCUUUAUGUAAAUUAAGCAGAGCUCCCCUCAUUUCUAAUAAAGUUUUCAAAUAUA